GAACCGACUCGUUCGCGAUCGACACAUCACUAGCCGUUAUACGUCAUCACGCAACGUUUUGCAUCAUCCAAGUCACAUGCAGUGGACAACACAGACAUAUCAGUUGAAUAUGUCAACUUGAGAGCACCUUGAGAGACUUCUCCUUUCUCUGGCAGGUCUGUAGUGACAGGAGACAGAGGGAAUGGAUGGAUUUCCUGUGAAGAUUACAGAGGCAGUGUGUCUUGGGGCCAGCCUUGCCCUCUCAGGCAUCUGCUACUACCUCUAUAAGAAGAGCCGGAGGACACUAGACAAACUUGAUGAUGCUCCACACUUCACCAUUGAUGGAAAACUCAAAGACAUUUUGAAAGUUACUCCAGGAGCUUGUCUACAGUAUGCUGUCAUCGAAGGUGCUGUGCAACCAGUAGGUGAGCCUCUGACAAGCCACUUCCAAAAAGAAUUUAUCGGAGUGUUGCAGAAAUUCCUCUUAAGAGAGCACAGGCUGGUGUGGAACAGCCUUUCACGCACUUGGACGGACAGUGAACGAGUCUUGCACCAUAGAGUGAAUGCAGUGCCCUUUGUGUUAGUGGGAUCAAAUGAGACCGCCGUCAGAGUCCUGUGCCCUCUGCAGGCCGCCGGACUGCACAUGGAGACAACCCACGAGAAGUUCCACCAGGUCAAUUACGGCUUGGGGGACAUCAUAGGACAAUACCUCAGUGGGGAGAAGCUUAAAGGGCAACUGGAGACCGAGAAAAUGCUCAAAGUGGGCACAACUCUUACCGGCGUGGGUGAGUUGGUGCUGGACAUGGACGGCACCCUGAAUCUCCGACCCCCUUCUGAUGGCUCACAGUACUUUUUGAGCAUUACAGACUUUGACACCCUGCUAGGAGAGCAAGAGUGCACGGCUCUAUGGUGGAAGACGCUCGCCAUUGCCUCUGCUUUGGCAGGGGCAGCUGUCCUCCUUUGGGUCGGCCGACGCUACUACUACCAACUAAAAGAUCGCUGGGAGAGGGAGAAGGAGAGGAGGGAGUUUGAGAGACUGCGGGCUGAAGCUCCAAGAGCGCGUGUUCCAGUAGCGGGUUCUGGGGACCUUCAAGACGUGACAGAAGAACAGAUGGAGAAUGCCUGUGUGAUCUGCCUCAGUCAGCCACGUAACUGUAUUCUCUUGGAAUGUGGGCAUGUGUGCUGCUGCCACAGCUGCUACCAGGCUCUUCCACACCGUCGAUGCCCCAUAUGUAGACACUGCAUCAGCAGAGUGGUGCCUCUCUACCACGCCUGAGGCACCUGUGUAACCACAUGACCUCAAUACCAUAUGGUACAUGUCCACAAGGGCGUUUUUUUAUCGCGAGGGAUCGCCUCACUUCCCAGCAUUGGAUGCUUGAUGGGCUGCCCCUAGACACAACGCACUCGGCACUUCGAUUGGACGAACGCUUUUCACCGAAAUGUGUUUCUGAAAACAUUUUAUGCGCGAAAGAAACCAUUCAGUUGCUGAAUCUGUCUUUAUUUUGGAUCGACAAAGGCUUAGUUUAAAAGUUUUUCGGGAGUAUCCAGAGGCGGUGAGUCGCGUUGGACACCCGUGAUUUGCAUAAAGUAGCCUAGACCUCAACUUAAUGCAAAUGUGGAGCGGCCAACGUGACGCCCCAUCUCUCAAAUCGCGCCGCCACGCUACCAGAAUGCAUUGCACAGCUGCUUGCAUAGACAAUGAAUGGGAAGCAUCGAAAAGACGGAGGCUGUGGACAUGUACCAAUACAGUACAAACUGUACCAACUUGCACCUAAAAAUGGACAAAGGCAAUUCCUUGAAAAUCUUAUCACUAUAAACAAUGAGGAUGUUUUUUUUAAGAACGUACUGUAUGUAUUAAAUUACUGUAUAUUAUUUAAUAUUGUGCAAUUACUUAGUUCACAACAUGGGUUUCAGUGAGGUAUUUUAUCUGUAAUUGUAUAUGAGAAAUACAGGAAAAUGAAGUAAUUGGAAAAAAGGGGUGUAAAUUUAAACAAUGGAGACAUUUAUUUUCCUACAUGUGUGCCUUAUUUUGGUAUUUAUAUGGCUGCUGCUGUCUAAGAGUGACUGAAUGGUAUGUUUCUGAAUAACUUUUGUUUCAACCACUUUGGGUUACAUAUUUCAGUCACAGGAAGUUAUAGAAUCUAAAACUACAUUCAUUGCUAAGACGAAGCUUUUCUGUUAAUGCACUUCAGAUAGGCGAGAGUCUUUAAAACUGUAAAAUGUUGGCUUGUUGAAAUUAACUCAAUAAAGCACCACUCUUUGAACUA